AUGACUGAUCUGCUGGAUUAUCAAGCACAGGAUGCCCGUUUGCAGCGACCCGAACGUGUUCGUCCACGUCGUUUGGAACCCGAUACUUUGUCAUAUUUGAAAGAAGUGACGGAAAUGUUGACGCAAUUAGACAAUGAAUCAACGUUAGACGAUGUGGAACUGAUGUUAUGGAAUGUACUGGAAGAACUGGCACCUCGUGUUGCUAGUGCUGCCUCGGACCGUCACGCUGGUGAGCUACUGGAGGUUUUCCUGCCCAAGAUGACUGACGCCCAAUUGCGUUUCCUGCUGCACAAAAUGGCGGGCUAUAUGAGCCACUUGUGGACUAAUCGUUACUCGUCUCAUGUACUACAACAUUUGCUGUCUCGUUCUAGUGUUGUAGUAGCGAAGGAGGUGGACGGUUUGGAGGACAAGGAAAGCGAGGACGACGACAGGAUAAAGGACAUUCCGCUUAUGAGCGACAUUAUUGUUCAUAUGGUUAAAGAGGUGGAGAAUGAAUGGAUCACACUCAUGAAUGACGUGAGUGCAAGUCACGUGCUGCGCUCGGUACUAGCUGUGCUGGCAGGCAAGCCGCUGGUUCCGGAGAAGCGAGGCAAGAAGGCCAAGCACCGUGUUGUUACGUUUACCGAAGCUCAUCCUGGUAAAGAUGGCUCCGAAAUUACGUUUGACGUGCCAGACACGUUUAAGACGCUUUUUGAGGAGCUGGUGGUGGUGUUGAUCGAAAGCCCGACGCAUGAGCUAGAGAACUUGUUGUAUGAUCAAAACUCUGGCCCGCUUAUUGCUUCGGCAUUGAAGCUAGCACCUUCGAAAAGCCGACGUAAACUUGCGAAGAAGAUUCUUCAGUGGGAAGAUAAGGAUGCGUGUGAGAGUGGCUUUUACGACUUGGCGGCUAAUGCUGUGACCAGUCACGUGCUGGAAGCUUUGUUUGAGAGUGUCAGUGAUAAGUUUUUCACAAAGGUUUUCGAGCGCUGCAUGCGCAGCAAGAUGCUACAGCUGGCAGAACACAACAUUGCUAACUAUGUAGUGCAGCACACCAUUAAGCUUGUGCGUACAGAGGCUCUCGCUACGGAUGUGCUGGAAGAAUUGGAGGCUUCGCUUUGGACAUUGCUGACCAUGGGCCGCCCUGGGGUUAUUUGGCGUGUAAUGGAAAUGUGUGUGAAGUUUACACUGCGCCAACGUGAGACGUUUCAGGCGCUUGUGAACGCUGUUGCGAAGCAGGAGUGCAAAAAGCCUGAAGCUGUGCGAAAGAACUUUGUUGCGUCCCUCUUGAACGUGCAGCUGUCAACAUCUGCUAUGUCCGCUAAGAUUCAGCUGAACGUCAUGGGCGCCAAGAUAAUCGAGCAACUGCAGCAGUUUGAGACUGGAGAAUAUCUGGCUCCAUUGUACAAGGGCAUUCUCUCGUUUAAUAGCACGCAGCUUCUUGCUUUAGCCAAAGACUCUACUGGCAGCCGCUGUGUCAUAGAACCCAUUUGGGAAUCCAAAGAACCGAGCACCGCAUGGGUGCGGCAGGAGCUGUAUGAACGGUUUGUGGGCAAGUUUGGUACGCUGGCACAGGAUCGGUUAGGUGCUUUCUCGGUAAUGAAAUGCUACGAGGAUCUUCCAUUGGACAAGAAGGAGGCAGUUGUGCACGAACUACUGGCCGUGGAGACGCAGCUUAGUGGAAGUCAUUUUUCACAGCUCGUGAUGAACACAUUCCACUUGUUUGAGUACAAGCAGAACCGCGAAAAGUGGGAGGCACUUUACACGAAGCAACAGAAAAUCGCCGACUUAUUUAAGGAUGUGGUGGAGGGUGAUGAAGCAGCACCUGAAGCGAAUCCGACUGAACAGCGCAAGGAAGAGGUUGCUAAAAGUGCUGAUGUGGCGAUGAUCAUGGAUGCACUGCGGAAUGGUAUCGCAGGCAAGGAUAAACAGACCAAGAAAAACAAGAAAAGUAAAAAACACCGCGCUGAGGAAAUGUAA